UUCUCCGUCUGGCGGACGUGCGCGAGAGUGACACGACGAGCGUUCGGCUGGCGAGACGCGUCGAUCGCUGCCACAGGCGGGAGAGAAAGAGAGCGCUUUUGAUCGGACGACCUCCAAGGAGUCAUCGUUGGUGGACGCUUCGAAAAUUCGCUCGUCUUGCUCGCGCGUCCCCGGCACGGCCGGUGGGUGACAGCGGACUGUCACGGUGACAGUUGUUGACGCGCGAUGUGGCGUCCCACGUGCGCGAUGCCGAGCGUGAAUUUCGCGCGAGAUCAGCCGGCGGACGACGUUUGAACGGCCGUGGUGGCACGAGAAGCACGAGAAGAUUCCGUCUCGCGACGCACGAAACGGUCAUGUGAGCGCUAUUUAUGCGUGACAAUCGCGGUAAUAUCUCGUUGUCCGGGGCGAUACGCGCGAGCCGGAGCGGUACGAUCGUGACAAGGACAGAAUCGAAGCGGGAGAAUCGAAGACGGUUCUGGACGCGGCUUGUUUUGCCGAGAUAACGACGAGACGAGCGGACACGCGGAUGACGACGGACAGCUCGCUUCGAGUCGCCGAUUCGCGCGCGCAUGCUCCAUUUUGAAGUUUCGAUAAUCGUAAGCGUAGCGCCGCACCGAACUUCAGUUCAUUCGCGUCGGGCGGUCGGUUUGCCAUUUAUUGGGCCUUUCUUGAAUAUGCGCGCCGCAGCGGGAUCAACGCGUUUUCUCGUGUUCGCGCGCGUCCAUCGCAAUUGACUCUUGUGCAUUCUUGUGUCUGCGUCGCGGGGCAUCAUGGCACGAAGAAACCACGGCCUGCUGUGCACGUUGUUCUUCCUCCUGCUCUUCGCGGACGUGUUAAAAGGUGGAAAUGGUGAUGUCGAGGAUGCGGAUACUGACGUACAGGACUACAGCACGGACGAGGACUACAACGACGUUUUCGAUUCGACCACUAACGGGACCGAUGUGGACGCUGCGUCUGGCACGAAAAGUGGCACUUUGAAAUUCGUGAGGACUCUGACAAACAUAUCGAAGGACGCGGGCGGCGUCGCUCAUAUGCGAUGCGAAGUCGUAGGCGAUCCUCCUCCAAUAAAGAUACGAUGGUUCAAGAAUGAAGCGCCAUUAGAAGAGGACCGACCAAAAAUCACCAUCAGGAAAAUACAUGCGCAAACGCACGAACACGCGGCGAAGAAUGUGGCGGGAAGUCGAUUGAAAAUCACAAAUUUAGACGUUUCUGAUGUUGGUUUUUAUACUUGUCGCGUCACUAAUGGCAAGGACCAAAUUCAAAGCGAAGGAACCCUGCGAGUCGAUUCCUCGAGGAAAUGGCAAGCUCCUUUACAUCCUGGACACUCCAUGGGACAGGCAUCAGGUACCGAUAGAUUUUCCACGGGAAUGUCUGGUCCUGGAUUUGUUGACGGGAGCAUGGGAAAUGGAGACAUGUUGGACAUCUCAGGGAAUGGAAUGUCCACACCUCACAUUUCUCACCUGGCAUCUGCAAAUCCCUUCAGUAUACUUUCGCCAAGCCCACAGCCAACUAGCUCACAGUCCAGCACCAUGGAUUUUAAUAUCGGCGGCCUUACUAAUGGCAAUAUGCAAUUCCCUCCCAAUGUGAAUUUUGAUGAAAUAUCAGGCAUAAGUUCAAUUCCAAGCAGAAAGGACAAUCAUAAAGGAACUUGUGAGGUGUAUAUAGGAAAAACAUGUGCCCAAUUUGUAGGAAACCAAUCAGUUUACAUUAUACAUCCCAUGACACAGAAAAUGCUCGAGGAGAAAUUAAUGAAGGCAUUUCAAGUUAUCAAUUUUUCAAAUGAACUGUCCUUAAAUUGUGAAGGAUACGCAAAACCGUCUCUCUGUUAUUCCGCCUUUCCUAUAUGCCGCGACCAGUUCAACAGUCAGAAGCCCAAGAACACGGAGGCGAGUACACAGCUGUUCAAUCUUCUGAACUCUAAGCAGGAUGAUAUCUUGGACGAUGGAGAUCGCGAUGACACGGACGAUUUCGCGCGAUUACACGGAAUUCCCAAGAAACGUAGCCCCACAUUGGGCCCAGUUUUCGACUUUAUGCCCAACGAGGACGGCAAGUCGAGUAAUAAGAAGAUAAUCAAUCAGAGCUAUGGGGACGCGCGGUCAGCCGGCCGAAACGAGAUCAAUCGUAAAUUACGGAGGAUAUGUCGUGAGGAGUGCGAAAUGCUGGAGAACGAAUUGUGCAGGAAGGAAUACGCGAUAGCGAAGAGGCACCCAUUGAUCGGGCAUCAAGUGCCUUUGGUUGAAUGUUCCGACUUGCCGUUGGAGGGAACGACAGAAGCCCGAGAUUGCUUAACUCUCGGGUUAUCCGCGGCAAAUAAUGUGCAAGAGAAUGACUACUGCUACUGGGGUAGCGGGAAAUCCUAUCGAGGAACUAUUAAGACGAGUGUGAGUGGAAGGCCGUGUUUACAAUGGUCUCAUCACUUCAAUCUUCAGAUUUCUGAUUAUCCCGAAUUGGCUGGCCGUCAUUCUUACUGCCGGAAUCCCGGCGGAAAGGAGUCUCAACCAUGGUGUUACGUCGAUGUCAAUAAAAGAAUGCAAAAAGAGUUUUGCAAUAUACCUAAAUGUGUUGAAAAUUUGUGGAUUUACGCGGUCGUUGGAUUUGUAAUAAUGGGAGGUUUCGUUACCAUAUUGAUAUGUUAUUGCUGCUGCUAUAGAAGUAGAAAGUCCAGACGACAAAUGAAUCAUUUACCGUCAAAUAAAAUGUUGACUGGUAUUCAAUGUGAUAAAAACAUUUACGAUGGGAGGAGAAGCACUACACAACCCAUGGAAAUGAGUUCUCUCUUGGCAGGGCCUGGUAAUACGACACCAGGCACUGGUACCCUUAGCAGUGGUAGUAGCAGAACUUCUAAUAAUAGGAUACCCCAAUUUACUACAAAUAACGUCGUACUCUUGCAAGAACUCGGUGAAGGUGCAUUCGGAAAAGUUUACAAGGGCGAGCUGCAAACCGGUAACAAAUGCGAGCCUCCUAUUUACGUGGCGGUGAAGACGUUGAAAGAAAAUGCGACUCCGAAAACUCAGAGCGACUUCAGACGAGAAGUCGAUCUCAUGACGGACUUGAGGCAUCCGAAUAUCAUUUGUCUGCUUGGCGUGAUAUUGAAAGGCGAGCCGAUGUGCAUGCUCUUCGAAUAUAUGACUCAGGGAGAUCUACAUGAAUUUCUUAUCUGCCAUUCUCCGAGAUCGGAUGUGCCAUUAAACAACAGUGGCGGAAAAAUUCUAGAACAACCUGAAUUCUUGCAUAUCGCGUUACAAAUUGCAUCAGGCAUGGAAUAUUUGGCUAGCCAUCACUACGUUCACCGCGACUUGGCAGCACGAAAUUGUCUAGUAGGCGAUAACCUGACGGUCAAAAUCUCGGACUUCGGUCUAUCGCGAGACAUAUACAGCAGCGAUUACUACAGAGUUCAAUCGAAAAGUCUGCUACCUGUUCGAUGGAUGCCGCCCGAGUCGAUUCUUUAUGGCAAAUUCACCACUGAGUCGGACGUGUGGAGCUUCGGAGUUGUGCUUUGGGAAAUCUACAGCUAUGGUCUACAGCCAUACUAUGGAUACAACAAUCAAGAAGUUAUCGACAUGAUUCGCUCGCGGCAGCUGUUACCGUGUCCCGAGGACUGUCCUACGAUGAUCUACAGCUUGAUGAUCGAGUGCUGGCACGAAGUGGCGAAUCGCAGGCCGCAGUUCCCGGAAAUCCACCAUCGUCUACACAAUUGGUACAUAAAUCAAACGUACUUGAGCGACUUCUGCAACGAAUCAAUCACCAGUUACUCCGGCAGCAGUCACAAGAGCACGAACAAAACCAACUCGACGCAGCUGUCGGCGCCCAUAUACAAAAGCGACCAGAAAACGGAGCCGCCGGCGGUCUGCAAUCUCAACGACCACAGCAACGCGAUAAAGAUGCUACCGCCAUCGACAACCUUCUCGAACUCCAACUGCAUCGAUCAAAGGCCGAACUGCGCCUUCAACGAACACGUAACAUCGAUGAAGACGCCUAAUUAUCAGAACCCCGCCCCGAAUGUCAACCUAAACGACGUCUACGACGACAAGCAAUGUUGCUCGCCCAAGUUGAGCGGCGCGAAAAAGGUCUUGCCGGCGGUGCCUCAGAUGGGUGGCAAACCAAACGGGCCUACCAACGGCAGACCAAUGCAGAAUGGCGCACAGUUGGUCGUCAGGUUACCGGAUCCCAGCAAAGUCACGACCGAGACCAGGGUAUCGAAGUGAGCGACUUUUUGCGCUUUAACUGCGUCUAAUAAUUGUCUGAGCAUCAAUAACAGCGUGUGCGCAUCCCCACGCUACUGGUGUCAUUUUCUCGGUGCGGGCAGUAACGGUAUUUCAUGCUUGAUUGGCGAUAUUUGUCGGUAAAUUAAACUAUUGGAAAGCGACCACUACACAACAAGUUGGGUGCGAAUCACGUACGUCUCGAAUAACCAAGAUACACCGAAAUGUAUCGGAUUGUGGUAUCGCAACCACCUGUUACUGUUGUUGUUUUGUCGUCUUUUUAAUUAUUAAUUUACCGUACCGGCAGGAGUGUCGUUAACGCAUUAUUACGGAGCAUCGUUGCAGGAUAGAUACGGAGAACUCACUCAAUCACUGCCAUAUACGUGUAUCUUCGCGCCAUUAAUGGAUACUUUCUCGAAACGAACAGGAUAGAUACAGAGAGCUACAACACUAAUCACUGCCAUAUACGUGCAUUUAUUUAUUUUUACAAAUAUACACGCCUAUUUUAUAUUGCCUUUUUUACUUUGAGUGAUUGUAAUGUCUCACUACGCAAUAUCGUAAGCUUGAUACGUACAUACACAGGAUAUGAAAUGUCAUGUUCUAACAUGAUUCCAUUCGCGAUUUUACGUCGAGAGUGAAAUUUUUAAGAUGUAUUUGUACCUUUCUAUUUUUACGAGAAAAUUAAGAUGUUUAUGGUAAUGAAUUAUUUAUAUUUAUCUGUAAGUUAUGCAAAAAAAGAAACAGAUGAUUAGUGGAUGGUUAUAUCACUUCGAUACCGCAGAAAAAGAAUGAAACAUGAAUUUGCAGAAUACACUAUCGACAGGCGUUGAUAUUUACAUUAAAACCAAUGUUUAAUCAUGCAUGCUCUGUCCAAAGAGUAUAAUAUUGUAUGGAAUAUUGUUAUGCUCUAUACAAGGCAUACCUUAUGUGAAUCAUGUUUUUGAAUAACCUUUACACAAUUGUUCAAAAAGAUUUGUAUGCGAGCACGUGCGAUCGCAUAUGUAUUGUAAUAAGAAGAAUUGAGAAAAUGAGAUUGAGAGAAAAGGGGGAGAGAGAGAGAGAGAGAGAGAGAGAGAGAGAGAGACAAAAAGUAUGUGUGUGUAUGUGUGUGCGUGUUUUAUGAAUGUACGUUGUUUUCUAAAAAGCAAUUUUUAUAAUCGUCAUAUCGUAUGCCAAAAUCUGGAUCAUAGUAAAUAUCGACUGUUAACAAAAAGAGAAAAAGUAUUCAAUUUGUACAUUUUUAUAAUAAUUGCAUACGUAUUUUAUCAAUAAAUCUCUCUUUGAGGUCAUUCUUUUAACGGAAAAACGUAAUUUAUUGCUGCAAUUGUAUCAUACGUUGAUUGAAACAUUUUAUUUAAUCAUACAGAGCUGAUAUUCUUCUCAGUCUCUUCCUAAUUGUACAAAAUUUUGAAUUAUAAUAGGUGAAAAAUACAACUUUUGUGUCGGAGCUCCCUGCAGUACGUAUCUCUGCUGGGCGUAUCUCUAUCUCGUAAAUUUCUCCUCGAGAGCCUUUUGCGCUUUUCAAUAUUUAAUACAGCAUAAAAUUAUAUGUGGAAUUAACAUACUCUUUUCCUGGAGACUGAGGAAAAUACGUAGCUUAGAUGCGUGAAAGUGGAUUAAUUUAUUCUGGUAUUCAUGGUUGCGCCAUCACUGCGCACUGUAAGUAUCCACAGAUACUUGAUAUUAGCGUAUAAUCGUACCAUCGCUAACAAGUGAGGUGAAAUUCAUCACGGCGAAAUGUCUCGGACGCUUGUUAUUUUUCUCGCGUGUCCUAAAGCGACCCCCUGACCUCGGAGAUGCGAAUGACUGAAAUUCGAUGCUCGUGAACAUUCGGCGAUAUUAAACGGGGAAGUGUCAGCGUUCGUGUGUAAAUUAUAUUUGUUAUUCGUGUAUAGGACGUAGUAUGUACAUCCUGACAGACGAUGAAAUACCGCCUGCGUCGGUCCUCGAUCGAACGAUAAUCUCUGUCUGAUCAUCCGCCGAUGAACCACGCGAAAUCGAUGCCACUCUCACAAUCGAAGUAAUGAAUAUUAGCGCUGAGAGCGAUUGGGUAAUGGAGAUGUAGAAUUAAAACGGCAUCCAAAGGGAGACUGUAUUAUACUUUUUGUAAUUUUUUAUUAACGAAGAAACGUAUAAAGAGCGUUCCGUUCGCGUGAAAAUGUGAAAGAAAAACAAAAGAAAAGAAGACUGGAUUUAACGAACUGACUCAUCCCGCGGAUUUUUAGCUGCCACGUCCGUUGAUUGGAUGUGUAUGAUCGCGAUGAUCAGAGAGUGGCGUGGAAAAUGCUAUUGAUUUAAGAUAAUAAGACUUCUAGAACUGACGAACCUCCGAAUCGAAAUUUGUAUCGAUUGAUAAUCCCGACCGCCUCGAAGGUUUGCCACGGAAACCUUAGACUUAAGUUAAUUUAUGUCGAAUAAACUUCAGCGAAGAAUUAUAUACUUAAGAACUUUAUAUAUUCAGUCAAGUAUAAUAUACAUUUCAUGUUUUUCGUACAAUGCGACUAGUCAUUAUUUUUCCUUUUCAAGGACGUAACGUAGAUGAAGCACCCGCAGUGAAAGCCUCUGUUGCGUAGUUUACUACAAAGUGGUCGUUCUUACCAACUCCAAUCGAGUAAGUUGGAGAAACUUGAGAUUAACAUUUAUAAAAACAAUAUAAACGACAAAUUAUAGACAAUUUUUAUUAUUUACACGUAUUCUAAAUUAAUUU